AUGGUCCCAAAUGAAAGCCAUCAAUAUAUUGGCAUUAUCCGUUUACUUCAGUAUUUCGGAUGGACAUGGGUUGGGCUGUUUGUUGUGGAUGAUAACACGGGAGAACAUUUCUUGAAGACCCUGGAGCCACUGUUUUCCAAGCAUGGAAUCUGUUCAGCUUUCACAAAAAGAAUCCCAGAGCAAGUUUCCAUGGAAAAUCUAGAUGAAAUAACUAGUUUAAUGGAAAGAAUUUUUGUAGCUCUCACAGAUAACAAGGCCAGAACACUUAUCAGCUAUGGAGAAUCUUUGACAAUUGCCUGGCUGAGAAUGGUUAAUAUUUUUAAUGAUCUUGGACACAACAAAAGUGCUCCAUUUGGAAAGGUAUGGGUUAUGACAUCCCAGAUAGAUUUCACAUCUACUGGCCCUCAGAGAAACUGGGAUUUCCAGCUUUUCCAAGGUUCACUUUCCUUCACAAUUCAGUCAAGAGAGCUUCUGGAUUUUUCAGAAUUUCUCCAGAGCAUCAAGCCUUCCAGGACCCAAGCAGAUGGUUUUCUCAAGGGCUUCUGGGAGCAAGCAUUUGACUGUAUAUUUCCAGAUCCAGAGAUGCCUAUGAUGGAUGAUGGCAGCUGUACUGGAGAGGAGAGGCUAGAAAGUCUCCCUGCUGGUCUUUUUGAAAUGCACAUGACAGGCCAUAGCUACAGUGUCUAUAAUGCUGUCUAUGCUUUGGCUCAUGCUCUGCAUACCUUCUACUCAUCCCAAUCCAAGCAAAGAGCAAAGGUGUAUGGUAGCAAUUUUGAACUUCAGUCUCUGCAGCCUUGGCAGGUAAUGUCUUCAUAA